AAAUUAUCUAUCUACUGCUACCAAACGAUCACGGAAGAAAGCUCACGCGACACUUUACCUCUAUUCUUCGCUAAGGAUCAUAUUAUCAACAACUUUCACAAUGAGCCACAUCAACAACCCCGACUCCGUUGCCAACCCCCAGCAGGGCGAAUUCAAGCCCUCCAUCAUACCCUCCGCCCCUCUCCAGGAGGGAGGUCACCAGCCCGGCCGUAAGGUCGCCCCCGCCGACUUCGCCCCCGAGUUCCGCGCCGAGACACACCCCGCCGGCACGGCGCCCGCCAGCAACUCCUACAGCGCCAACACCGUCAGCGAGGUCGGCGGCCAGGCCCUCAACCCCAACGUCGAGCGCUCCCACGGCAAGGAGUCCGUCAAGACCUCCGCCGCCGACACCCUGAUGGGCGCCACCUCGCAGGACGUGCACACCGGCCUGGGCCACCCCGGCUCCGGCCAGUCCAGCACCGAGCUGCGUCAUGACGGCCAGUCCGGUCGCAAGGGCCAGACUGCCGGUCUGGAGCAGGUCGGCGCCAACGCCUCCGAUAAGUUCGAGCGCGAUAUGCCCAGCCAGCGCGCCCUCGACCGCGAGGACGCCCGCCCCGGCCAGCGCGGAGACAAGGGUGCCCUCGCCGCUGAGGACCGCCAGCCCGCGUCCGCAUAAGUUUUCGCCUCGAGGCACUGGGUUCAUGCGUGCUAGGGCGGGACCCUGGCUUUCAUUGGAACUGAGCCCUUUGGUAGAUGCAAAUGUUUAGCGGACGAAUGUUCAUGUAUUAUUAAUGUGAUUGAUGAAAAGAAUUCGACGAUGCUU